UGAGGCCCGGUCACGAGCUGCCACGUGUGGCCCUGGACCCGACGCUCGGGACGCCGUAGGCCGAGCCCGAUCGGGGAAAAGCAUGGAAAAAAUGACAGAUCUUGUAGCUGUCUGGGAUGUGGCCUUGAGCGAUGGAAUCCACAAGAUUGAAUUUGAACACGGGACCACAUCAGGAAAGCGAGUAGUGUACGUAGACGGGAAGGACAAAGAAACAUUCACAGUUGGAGCUGCAGAGACCAAAGCCACCAUAAACAUUGAUGCCGUCUCUGGCUUUGCUUAUGAAUAUACCCUAGAAAUUAACGGGAAGAGCCUCAAGAAGUACAUGGAGAGCAGAUCCAAGACCACCAACACGCGGGUGCUGCACUUAGAUGGCCAGGACUUCCCAGCUGUCCUGGAAAAAGACACUAUGGACGUUUGGUGCAACGGAAAACAAAUGGAAGCAGCAGGCGAGUUUGUGGACGAUGGGACCGAAACACACUUCAGCCUUGGGAAGCACGACUGCUACAUAAAGGCGGUGAGCAGCGGGAAGCGAAGAGAGGGCAUUGUCCACACCCUCGUGCUGGACAACAGAGAAACCCCAGAGACUCCCGAGUGAUUUCUCUUCAUACACUCUAGUCCGAAGAAGUCAAGAUCAGAACUUUUUAAUGACUGUGGUAAUUAAAUAUGUUCCACAGGUAACUUCUUGGUACAUUUAGUCUGCUACGUUGGUUUGUUUUUUUCCCCAAGUCAUUUGAAACUAAUAUUCCAAGGGUCAGGAGGAAAAAAUUAUGUGCGAUCAUAAUAGCCAUUGCAAUUUAUUUUUUAAAUAAUGUAAAAUGCUUUAGAGCCAAAUGGAAAAUAAGGCAGACCACAAUCAUUAGUGGUUCACUAACAGUAAAUUGUAAUAAACUGUGAAAUAA